UGGGUCAAAAGACCAAGCCAGGAGCCUGUUAGAGCAGACCCACGCUGUACGACUAAAGCUGAUUCGUCCCAUCAGGUACAAUAUUCCUCUGAAUCCCUACAAAUCAACAUUUCUUCAGCCUGUAAAGCGUUUUGCUUUGGUGGGGCCAGGAACGAUGACCAGUAGCAGCAACAGCAUUAUUCAGGCUCAAAAGCUGGUGGAUCAACUCCAAAUCGAGGCAGGCAUGGAAAGAUUCAAGAUCUCUCUCACAGCAGCUGAUUUAGUCCAAUACUGUCAGGAGCACAGACGCAGCGAUCCUCUCCUCACCGGCAUAUCUGCCUCAUCCAACCCCUUUAAAGAUAAGAAGACAUGCGUGCUGCUUUGAUACAAGAAGAGAUCCCUACCAGAAACACAGCUGACUGCGAGCUGCCUCAUCUGUUUAACUAGGAGGAUCAGCUGGUCUCACAAAAAAAAAAAAAAAA